AUGGCACCCGAUCUGAACUCAGUGCCUGCAUCGCCCCGGCCUACCCCUACGAGCAACCCAUCGAACACGCAGCCGGCCUCGGGGUCGCUCUCCCGCCAGACGUCGACAUCUGUCUCUAGACGAACCUCGCAGAUAUAUCCCAUGAGUCCUCCCCCUCUACCUCUAGCCUCACCGGGGGGUAGUGGACACGCGUUCCCGCCUCUCAGUCCAGGUGCGAGCGGCGGAUAUGUGCAGACGAGCGCCGACUCGACAGGCGUGCCCAUGAGACACCCACGUCCCAUGACGGCUGCAGAAAUGCACCUGGAGCUCGAGAAGGAGCAAGAAGCAGUAGUCAACCGCCUAACGCGUGAGCUCUCUGCUCUACGCGCGCACUCUGCCUCUGUAGCCUCCACAACGUCCAUGUCGAGUGCCGCCGACUCGUCCAUAGCCCACGCCGAAGCCGCCACCGGACCUAUGCAUCCCACGUCCUCGCGCCGCCACCGUAGCUCCUCGAGCGUCUCCCGAAGCGGCAUGCCUGUCCCACAUCGCUACUCCAUCUCCUCGCAGCCAGCAAUGGGCGAUGCUGCCAAUCACCGCAGCUCGAGCGUGCUGAGCACUCCGCGAUACGAGGAAGUUGCACAGCACAAGGCCGAGCUGGAGGAGGUCAAGAAGGAGAACGAGGCACUGAAGCAGCGCAUCAGACAAUUGGAGCGCAUGAUCCGGGGUAACAACGAAAGCGAGGGCCAGCGGGGACGCCGGGGAGCGCCACAAUCUCAGAGCAGCGUGGUUGGCAAUGCUUCUACUAACGUAGACGUACCUGCUGACGCGUCUGCAGUCUCCCAAGAAGGCAGUGGAUAG